AUGCAGUUAUUUCGAGAUUCCGAAAACUGUUCUGAAAGACGAAGUACAGUGCAUAGUUCAUUGUCUGAUGUUUUAUCGGAAGAGGUGCACCAAACCUCUGCCACUCAAGCUGCUAUGGCUUCAAGAGAAGUCUCGGCUACAAAAGACGUGUUAGAGUUGUUUGGAUCAGAUCGAGAUCGAGGAUCAUCUUUCGAUGUGUUCGCAGAUGCAGCACUUCAAUUAAUUUCGUCUGAAUACGUGUUUCCGCAUGAAGAAACUGCGCAUGAUAACCCUCCGUCGGAGUCAAACGACCCGCCAGUACAAGGAAGGCACAUUUCAGUUAUCGCUUCGAGCUCUCCAAAGCUCCCAUCGAAAGCACGGGAAGUUCAUUGGCAAGAUGAGGAGCACCCGUACGAUGUUUUAAAAAUGUCGGUAGAAGCUCAGCCAGCCGCUUCUGGAGCACAGCGACAUUACGACGACCCAGAUGUUGCACAGCCUGAGGGCUGGUUGCAGUUUCUGUCCUAA